CGCGAGGAGAGGAUGGAGAGACGCGCCACCCGCCACCGUGGGAGGCUUUAAACGUCGCGUCACGCGGAGACGAUUUUUCUCUCUUUCACUUAUUACGCGACGUGAGCAGUGACCCGGCCGCUCCGGCGUCGCCUUUUUCCCGUCCGCCCCCCGCAGUUGAGAGGCUCCGUGGGCUCCGUGGACCGUCGCGGUUAUGUAGUUGUAGUUUGCUCGGACGAAGCCUUUUUCCCCCCCUGUUAUUUUUUGGAGGAGGAGGGGGAAUACAUGGGAUGUUGGCAUGGCCACCUCGCGAGCACAGAAGUGUCCUAAGAGCGAGAAGUUGGACGAGGCGCAGGCUUUGGCCAAGAGCUGCGCGGGGAGACCGGACUUCCUGCCCUGCGACGGGCUCUCCAUCUGCGCCACCCACAGCCACGGGAAGUGCUUCAAGCUGCACUGGUGCUGCCACUUGGGCUGGUGUCACUGCAAGUAUGUUUACCAGCCCAUGACCAACGUGUGCCAGCUGCCCACCACGGCCGUGCCAGCUGUUGGGACGGAGUACAGCGGAACCAUGGACCUGUCCGUCGCGCUGGCCGAGCGCUUCCUGAAACUCGCCCCCUGCUUCCAGUCCCCGCCGCACCUGGAGUCGCCCAAGUACUGCGUGAUUGCCGACCUGUUUGUGGACGACUACGUUGUCAAACGCAUCAACGGAAAGAUGUGCUACGUGCAGCGGCCCCCGCCUUCCAUACCCGAACCUCCGCGUGCUUCCACACCCCCGGCGCCUGCGCCCUCCACACCUCGGGUGCCCCAGAGGCCCGCUCCGCCUCGUCAGCCGCUGAAGCCGGCGCCGCCGGCCCAACAUGCGCCUUUUCAGCAGGUCCAGCAGGUCCAGCACGUGUACAGCGAACACAAACAUCCUACCCCUGCGGAUAAGAUAAAAGGCCCCAAAAUGGACCACUGCUCCUCCCCGUCCAGCUCUGAGGACUCCGGCAUCAACGCGUUGGGUCUGCACUACCUGGAGUCCUGCGAGGAGGAGACAGAGGGGGAGGAAGAGGAGGAGGAGGAGGAGGAAGACGAGCUGAGCACAGGUGGGAACUCCAGUCCCGGCAGCGUGUGGGAUCAGGACGACUGCUCUCUGCUCUCCCCUUCCAAGUCAAUGAUAGAGAUCAUCGAAAAGAUUGAAACGACGGUGUAACCGACACAACGGGGACGUGGAUGCCGGCUGUGAGCUGCAGAGGAGAAAUAACGAGAAUCACACUUGAGGAUUUAUUCCACGCGGACUAAUGGGACACAAAUCCCUCCCUGCUGUUCGGCAGAGCUCCGCUUGGUGGUUUGGUUGAAUUUGUUUUGCGGCAGGUGGCCGCGGACUGUGCAUCUAAUCCGUCCGGCUCCCCUGCAUGGAGUGAAUUUAUUACAAUACAGAAAGCCACAAGCACAAGAAUAUUAAGCACAUGCACAGUGGACCAAAUACACCUAUGCACAACAGCAUUAUUCAAUAAUAGGUGCACUUAACAGUCAGAAGAAAGUAAAAAUUAAAGCGGGACAUUUUUCUCCGAUUUUUCUUUAGGCAUAUAUUACUGGAGCGAAAUUUUGUAUGAACAAAGGCGGCAUAAGUAGGUUUCCUGAUGAUAAUACGCAGUUAGGCAAUUCGCCAUUCGUCAAUCUGCCAGACAGACUUUAUUCUUAUUCACUCUGCAGAUACGUAGGUCUGCCAUUUCUUGUUCCUCUGGUCAAUGGACCCACCCACACGUAUUAUUAAUUCUUACAAUCAAGCAUAAUAACUACAAGGCCAGCCGCCUCUCAUGGGCCCAAAAGCAAAUCAGCCCGUUAACCACUCAGCUCCGGGCUGCUGGGACACGACUGUCAGGUCGAUAAAAGGCCCACAGUUUGUGUGCAACCUCACUGACACCAACACAGGCUGGAGGUACGAAGACAGGACAGUGUUCGACAAUCAAGGAUUACACAGAAGCACAUUCAUACACUGUUCCUGCCAGCGGGGGGCAAGGAGACUCUUAUGGAACCAUUCAUCGGACAUUAACACAUUCUUCUGACAGCAUAUUCUGGUCAACCUGGUCUGAACUGCUGUGCUGUUCCAGGUUAAAUGGGGCGUUAAGCAAAACAUGACUUGUAUUGACCUCUAUUAGCAUCCAGGAAAUGAAAUAGCAAAGACGUGUCUGGCAGAGUUACAGCGACAAAGCAGAGGUUGUUGCAGCGGAACAUUAGAAGAGAGCACCUAGGGAAGAGGGAAUAUAUAUAUAUAUAUAAUAUAUAUUAACAUAUAGACUUUAAAAUUAAAUUGCUAUUGGCUUUUUGGGUUCGAUGGCGAGAUUCCAGCUGAGAGUCUCGAGGUAACGUUGUGCAGGAUUGAAAGCUAUUUUAUGUUAAAGUGCAAGAAAUCUCACUUAGAGCGCCUUUAAAGGAGGUUAAUGUAUGGAAUAGAAUGAUGUUGUGAUGUGUUAUAAGAAAUACACUCAAAUAUAAUACUUGUCAGACAGACCCUCAUUAGUCAGUUAGUAGAAGGAAGAUGAGUUGGGUCUUUUAGGAAAAUUGUUUUAAUGUUUCAACUGUUAUUUUUAUUUCCUGGAGAGUUAUCUGCAAAAACCACUAAAAUCUUCACAAACAUGUACUGUUACAAUGAAAUGCUAGAUGUAAAGAAAAAAAGAAGGAAAAAGAUAAUUUUGCAUGACUGCAUUCAUUUGCUAAAGUCCCUCAAGUAAAAACACAAUUUAACAAAUUUAUGGUUCGGUGUUGAAACGUAAACAAAUCUGUCAAAUGUCUUUUCCUUAUUCGGGAACAGUCCUUGUCAUUACACUCAAGACAGUCCCUCUGUAAUGCAUCAAAACAUAUGUUAUGUUCUCACUAUUGUCAUAUUAUUUUCAUAUGAAUAAAUCCAACUGAUACUCACA